CGGAGAGAGAGAGGGAGCAGCCACGGACGGCACCUCGUUCGCAGACAAAGAAGGUUUGGGAGGGCGGCAACGCAGACCCAUCUCCCCCAAAUCCAUCCCGCGGGAGACACGAGCGUGCGAGGGAGAGAGGCCGCUGCUCGCCCUGGUCCCGGUGGGAUGAAGAUUGACGAUCCCCUCGACUUCGAGGGGGAUAACGACCCCCUCCUCACCGUCCGCCGCCCCGCCAAGAGGAAGAAGGUUAUUGAGCUGGAUGAUCUCGUAGAAGAUUACUUUAAUUCCGGUAAGGAUGAGCUCAAAGCUUCUGCUGCUAAGUCUAAGGGUCGCCCCAAAGGAGACAAUUCAGAUGAUGAAGACAAGCAGGUCAGGAAGAAGGAGAUUGACUUCUGCAAAUUUGUGGAGGAGUGUGAGGAGAAGGCGAAAGCGAUGGAUCCUGGAGAGGAUGUACCCCAAUGGGGCCAGCAAGUUUUCGGCUGUCAGAAAUCACCCUCAGGUCUUAAUGGCACGGGAGUUGAAAAUUGCCAACUUUUGCAAUCAUUCUGUGGAGAUAAGCAGUUAGGUUUUGAUCUAGAAAUUGAACGAGGAGAGGGCUUUUUAGAAGGCAUGCUGAUCAAUGGAUGGCUUUUGAAGUUGGUACUCCUAUAUGGUUCUGUUGAAGACUCUAUAGCAUCAUGGGUGCUAACCAAGUUGCUGUACUCAUCCAAUAAGAAGUUGCAAGAUUCUGCAUCUGAAUUUUGGGAUAGUCUCCUUUCCCUAAAUGAGGAUGAUAAACCAUUGGUAAACUUUGGAUACUUCCCAAGCUACUCUAUUCUUAUGGGUGCUAUACUCAACUAUGGAUACCUACAUGAUGCUCCUUGCACUAAAACUUGCACCUCUGAAAUUGCGGUUGCAGACACUUCAGAUGGUGGUCCACCUCAAAACAUCACUGCAUGGUUAAGAGUUGUAUCUGCUUGCUGCAAAAUUAGAAAAAUGCAUUCUAUCUUCUCACCUUCGGAAGCGCAAGAUGUCCUUGUUAUUGUUAUUUCCCUCUUUUUGGACCGUCGACUUGAAGGGCUGCUGCUUAUUUUGGGAGAUUGCCUGAAUUCACUCAUCUCGUACUUCAAUAUGAGUGAAUGGGAAAGUAGCUGUCUGAUGGUUGCUGAGUCAAUUUCUAAGAGGGUCAACAUGGAUCUUAAUUGUUUAAGGCUUGUUGACUGCAUUACCGGAACCAACGACCGUACCAAAUUCCUAAGGAGCCAGCUGGCCCUUCAGUUGCUCAAAAAUAGCUUCGGCCUUAAAGUAAGCAUGGUGGCGAAUGUUGAAAGGAUCCUGAAGUCGGUCACAUCGAUAAAUGUGAAGGAGAAAGAAUGCAAUUUCUUUGUGCUCUACGUGCACAUAGUUUUGAUGGACAACCUGCUCUUCUCUAGCGACGCGUUCAGAAACAAGACCGCAAUAAUCGACGCUUGGCGUAAUUUUCUACGGAACUGCUCGACCCAGAUAGGAUGCACGGACUGGAGGUUCUACGCUUCGAAGGUCCGAAACAAGGCGUCGUAUCUCCUGCAAGGUGCAAUGCUGAAAAGGCCUGCUGGCAGUGGUAGCAUUCCUGCCAAGUGAUUUGAACCAACCUACUGAAAUGCCUGCUGCUGGAGAGCACGGAACCUACGCCCUGAUUUACUGGCACAAGUAGUAUGUUUAGGGUGAAUUGUAGGCUCAUUUUUUGGGUACCUGAUGGGUGGCUGACAGUAGUAUUCUCAGCCCAUGUAUAGCGUAGUCCCCAGCACUCUCAAGUCUCAACGCCACUUUUUGCAGCAUAGACUUGUACUGAAUAUACAUUAUCAGCGUGUUUGGUUCAGGGGAAUUAGAGACGGAAAA